AUGUGGUUUGCUAAGAACAACUUAUGUAAGGUAUUUAGAGAAGAUUCAUAGAAUACAAGAAGUUAUAUUCCAAUAGAUUCUGAUUUAUACAAAAAAAAGUAUGGUAGCAAUGAAAAUCUAAGUAACAUCUAAUAAGCCUACUUUAUGAGCUCAAAUUUAAAUCCGAAUAUUUAAUAUGAGGAAUCUUAUAAAUAAAAAAAGAACAGAUCAACAUAGCUCUCAUAAUCUUUUAAAAGCAAAAAUAGUAUUACUUAAAAGAGUUUAAGCAACCUCAAAGAUCAAAAUUACUCAAACAUUAUCAAAAAUCCUGAAGAUUUCAAUGAUAAUUGCCAGUAAGCAAUAAGCAGCUUUGCAAUUACUGAUAUUAAAAAAUAAGGAAAAUCUAUUAAGACUUCUAGCUAGCUUGAUCAUAAUGAAGAACAAAAAAAUACUUUGCAUAACUAAAAUUCUUCUUUGUUAAAGCUUAGAGAUACAUCUAAAGACAAGCAAAAUAACUUAACUAAUUACAAUGAAUUUUAUUUUGCAGCGUAGGGAAGCAAAUAGGAUCCUUUUGACUCUCUUCUUUAACAAAAUUAAGAACAGAUAGAACCAAGAAAUUAGAGCCAUAAGAAACAGUAAAGUUAAAGAAAUUUAGAAAUAAGUUUAGAACAUUUAAGCAAAAAAAAGAGCUUUGAUUUUGCUUAAAGAAACGGAAAUAUAUUAUCUUCAAGCAGAUUAGCUACUGAAGAGAAAACAAAUAAUAACUCAAAUUAUUAUUAAAUUUAUAAUAAUAGUUUAAAAACAGAAAUAAGCAGUAGAAAGGAAUCCUUAAGCAAUUUGUUUUUCAACACCAGUAGAAAGUCUUUGGAUAACCUAAAUUUUUCGAAAUACAUAAAUUUUAUUGAAAAUAAAAGAGAAAAAACAAUUAAAAAUAUUAUAGAAAAAGAGAUAGAGUAAAAAGAAAAUGGAUUAAACAAGAAUUUAAUUUAACUUCCAUCAUUAAAAAAAAGUUAAUCAAAUUUAAAUAUUUUAUAGCAGCUGUUAACUCCUCGUGCUAACCCUUAUCCAUCAGCUCGUAACUGUGUUAACGUAGUAAAAAAUGAAGAAGGAAAUUUUAACUAGACUGAAAAAAUAAUUUAAAAAGUCCCAAAGCUUAAUACGCAUAAAGCAUGCAAUAUUUAAUUUGAAGAGAAUUUAAGUUAGUUUCAAUACUUUUAAAAAAUUAAUGGAAAGGAAGAGAAAAUAGAAUCCCCUGAAAAGAAUAAUGAUUGUGGGUACCAAGAUAGUAAGAGAUCUUAAGUAUCUUUGGGUGACAAAUAGAAUGAAAAUAAAUUGUAAUUUAUAAUACAAAACAAUUAAACUCCUCAGAUGCACUUACCAAAAUUUAAUGCAGAUCCCCAAUAAAUUAGUUAAAACUAGCUUCAUUCUGAAAGAAAGAUGAGUAGCAGGUCAAAUUCGAGAAACCAAAAUAAGUCUAAAAAAUCUUAAGAUAUUUAGGAACAUAAAAAGGAAGUUUAAAAAGAAAAAUAGAAACAACAUACCUAAUACAGAAUUGAGCAUUUCAGAUAGAUUAUACUAAAAAAUGAUUAUGUAAAAAGAGAUGUUUCAGAAAUAUCUGAUUAUUUAGAGUAUCUUCUAUCUUAAACUGAUAUUAGUAAAAAAUAAAUUAAAAAAUAAAUAAACAUAAUUUUAUAAAAUACACAUGCAAUUCAAGAUUUAUUCUUUUCAGAUAACAAUUUGGUAAUUAAUGCUAGUGCUGCAUACUAUCAAUAAUUUAUAAUUUAAGAACUUAUUUAAGAAAACUUCCUUUAAAAGUUUUUAAAUAAAGAGGAUAUAUUAAAAGAAGUAAUAUUACCUGAUUUAUACAUAUUUAGAGACAAAUUAACUCAGUACUGCAGAAAUCGCCAAUAAAAUCAUUUAAGAAAUAUUGAAUAAACUAUUUUACUAGAGCAAAGUACGAUUAAUAAUAUAGAAUUAAACAGAUUUUAUUCUAACCAAAACAAUCCUGAAAAAAUACUACAAACUAAUUUCACCACCUCAAAUUAAUUUCUUAGUGAUUUCAUUUACCCAAAUGAACCCCUAUUGGCUAUAGACAAAGUAGAAAGGAAAUUAGGAAAUUUCAAUCUUGUUAAGCACUCAGGUAGAAUCCAUAGUUAUUAAAUUACAAAUGCUUUAAAAGCAUUAAAAGAGAAGAAAAAAUAAGUAAAUAAAAUAUUCUGA